CACGCGCGCCUACACACACGCGCCUACACACACACGCGCCUACAGUCAGGCGAGCGGUGUCGGACGUGUUCGCUGUGUCUGUGCGUUGUUUACAUGCUGCCUACGCAUGCGGCCUUUGUCUUCGUAGGAACACAGCCAUCGUCAGUGUUUGCCAACAAGGACUUGAACGGGAGUGUUCCUGUAUGUAUCCAUAAUACUUAAACAUUAUCGCCGCCUCUGCUGCUACUGCAGCAGCUGUCACUCGGGGCGCAUGGAGAUGGAGGCGGCGGGUCUGGCUGCGUUGCUGGAGGAGGGAUCGGGGCCCCCAGCCCGGUAUCCGUGGUUGCAUUGCGUCUGUGCGAAACGUCACGGGGCGCACGUUGAGUGCGUGAAGCGUUGUUUGAACAUGAGCACGUGGCGGUGGGGCUGUUUCCUGUGGGCCCUGACCGCGGGGCUGACCCUCGCGCUCACCGGCUGCGUCGUGGCCUUGAUGCUGCCGCCACGGGCAACAGCUGGAGACGUAGAGAAGUGGCGCACGUGCACGACGAGCCACUGCGUGCAGGCCGUGAGCUCCAUGUGGGAGGCUCUGAACUCGUCGGGCGACCCCUGCGAGGACUUCUACGGCUUCAGCUGCGGCCGGUGGCUCCAGGGGAGCGGGCAGCCCACGGGGAAACCGCACUGGGGAACGUGGCAGGAGCUCGACAAAAAUAACCAGUUCGCCAUGCACAGAUUUCUGGAAAAUGCUACGAUCAAGGAGACCGACGCGGAGAGAAAAGUCCAGCGGUUUUACCUCUCAUGCCUGAGCAGCAGCAGAAGCCGGCUUGGGAGCCGAUCGCUCAGCGGCAUCAUCAGCCAGCUGGGCGGGUGGCACGGCGGGCACCCCACCACCACCACCACCACCGGCGCCACCACUGGCGACGCUGAGCUGCAGCAGCUACUGCAGCUCCUAGGCAGGAACUUCUCCCUCGGAGCGUUCUUCAAGCUGGGCGUCGGCUCCCUGCCGUUCGACUUCAAGCAGAGAGCCCUCGGGCUUUCAGUUCCAGACCUGGGCCUCCCAUCUCCUGACUAUUACCUUAACAAGACGGCAAAUGAUAAGGUGCUGACCACCUACCUGGACUUCAUGAUCAGGGUUCGACAGCUGCUGGGCGGUGUGGACGAGCGGGCCGCGUCCGACAUGCGCCUCGUGCUGGAGCUCGAGUCGAGGCUCGCUGGGAUCAUGGCUCUGACAGGCAGCAACAGGAAUCCCGGAUUCAUCACGUUCAGGGACCUGCAGGAUAUGUCACCAUUCCUCGACUGGACCCAAUAUUUCCAUGAGGUGUUUUACCCACUGCCUACGUACAGCCAAAGAACCGUGCUGAUCGAUAACAAGGAAUACUUCCACAGCGCGUUUGACCUCGUAAACAACACAGACAGAAGAGUGCUGCGUCUGUAUGCACUGUGGAGCCUCGUCCGGCAGCUGUUGCCCAGUUUGGAUGGUAGGUAUGAGGAUGCCAAGCAAGACCUAAUGGUGGCAAUCCACGGAGCGGACAAUGUCGAGUCGCGAGCGCGCUGGGAGUUCUGCGUGGAGGAGACCAACCGGGCCCUGCCCCUGGGCCUGGGAGCUCUCUACGCGAGGGCCACGUUUAAUGAAACGCAGCGGCGCAUGGCGGAGGACAUCGUCACAAGGAUACGAAAUGCAUUCGUGAGCAACCUGGACAGCGUCGCGUGGAUGGACGGCAAGACUCGCGCGGCAGCCAAAGAGAAGUCCAUGUCCAUCAAAUUUCAAGUGGGGUAUCCGCAAGGGAUGCUUGAGCCAGGAUUCCUGGAUCGAUUGUACGCCAACGUCACGGUGUCGGGAAGCUUAUUUGAGAACACGCUGGAGCUGUACCGGACACGGAGGGAAACCCUGCAGCAGCAGCUGAGCGUGCCUGUGGACAACAACGACAACAAUCGGUGGAGCAUGAACCCCCAGACGGCCAACGCGUACUACUCCCCGGAGGAGAACACCGUCGUUCUCCCCGCGGCGCUGUUCCAGCCGCCGCUUUUCCACGGAGACUUCCCCAUGGCGGUGAAUUUCGGCAAAAUUGGCGUCGUCAUCGGCCACGAAGUGACUCACGCGUUCGACGACCAAGGCCGGAGGUUCGACGGCCAGGGCCGGAUGCGUACGUGGUGGUCGAGCGCGUCGCUCGCCGCGUUCAAGCAGCGCAGCGACUGCUUGGUGGAGCUCUACGAGCGCUGGGCUGCGGGCGGCGAGGAGCGAUUCAGCGGCCGGCAGACCCUGGGGGAGAACGUCGCCGACCUGGGCGGCAUCAAGACGGCCUUCCGGGCCUACGAGAUGUGGACAGAGGAGAGGGGUGAGGAAGCCUUCCUGCCAGUGAGGAAUCUCACCGACCGGCAAAUUUUCUUCACAGCCUUCUCUCAGGUGUGGUGCUCCACGGAGACGGCGGAGGACCGCCGGCGCCAGCUCCUGCUGCGGGACACGCACAGCCCCGCGCGCCUCCGGACGCUCGCGUCGCUGUCCAACUCUGCCGAGUUCGCCGCCACGUUCAACUGCCCCGCGGCGUCGCCGAUGAACCCGCGGAACAAGUGCGACGUCUGGUGACCCAGGGCGGCGCCGGGCGCCCGUUUUACCGUUGGGAGGCGUGAGAGUCCGGAGCUUGUGAGGGCCCGCUGCCAAACCCCCAGCGUGGAGUUUGCGACCACGAGUUUUCGGGAUCCUACGGUGCCCAGCCGGCGUCUGGGAGAGUGGGAAUGAGCGGCUUUGUGUGUUGCUUUGUGAUCGAACAGUCUGGCUUGAACGUGCGGUCAAAAUGUUUACCAAUGCUUACCUGUGUGUCUAUACCAAUGCAAAAAAAGCAUUCACACUGUGGCCUUCAUCAGAAACGGUGUACCAUAGGUGACGUGUCGCGAAAUGGCCAUUCUUCACAGCGCAAGAGGCCCCACGGCACCUCUCCAGCCCCUCUCUCUAUGCACUGUGAAGGCCAUCGGCCAAAACACCGCCCAUUAUCCACCGUCUCUUACUUUUAAGGCCACACGGCAAUACUGACGAACGCGUCGAGAUUUUUUAUGAUUAUUACUGUUUGAGCCUGUGCACCACCGCCAGCGCAGUGUCGCCAAAGAAUUCGUCUGAUACUCCCAUGUGCUUAGCCGUUUGAGAAUACAGGGGGAAGACGUUGCAGGGCUGUUGAGAGAGCAGAGAAGCCACGGCCAGGGGAGCUUCUGUGAGCCGGGAUGUUCACGCGCUAAGCAAUCGCGAGCGUCGCGUAUGGCGAGUGACGCUCGCGAGCCCAGCAACGGGCGGCUCAAACGCCGCGAGGUGGCACAUUUUCUAUGCUAAUUACAGUACGAGUUUAGUUUAUCUUGCAGAAAAUUUAGUUGAGACGUUUUGUACAAAUUUUUUUUAACAUUUUGGAAAGACGCUUUUCAAAAGGUAAUGACCGAUUGAAUGCGAAAAUCAGAUGGUUUUUAGAAUACAAAUAUUGUUUUAAAUGUUUGUGUUUAAUAGGGGAUUGUGCAUGAGCUGUGUGUUUGGUACACAGCGGCGAGAGCCGGAUGGCUGCUGGGUAAUUUUAUGCAACGACUAGCUUGGUGCUGCCGAGAUCAUAAAUCCAGAUGACGGUCUCCCAACCCAGCUAGAAGCCAGAGUCCUGUCGGACGUGCGUGUGGUAGCCUCCGCCUGGAAUGUAUUCAGUCACUUGCUCGUGCAUUCGUUUUACAGGUAAAGCGCCCGGGCGAACGUCUGCACAUUUCUAGAGGGCACAUUAAGUUCGCGGUAAAACAGACCCUGAAGACUACCUGGCUGGUUGUUGUUGCAAGUUACCAUUUGUGGCAGCUCUCAUAGAGGGUUCUGUAAUAGAAUUCAAAGUCCCGAUGCCCAUAUAAUCGCGAGGAUAACAUGACACGUGCCAUGCUCUUCUGCCGUUUGUGCCGUUGAACCGUAUUAGGGCGUUAUGAAACCAAUGAACUUGCAGGGUACUGUACAUGGCAACGGUUAUCGUGGGGUCAGUGGAGAUGGGUGGAAACAGGUGCAGGGUACUGUACGAGGGAAGGUUCGAGAAGGGAAGUAGAAGACGGUAGAGUCUGCUGGAAGAAUCUACCGGGGGAAAGUGCUGGAAGUUACCGGGGCAUGGCCGAGCGGGUAGAUAAAGGGGAGCAAGGCCCACGAUUAGGGCGUGGCUUGGGGACUGAAGGACGACUGCAGGUGGACGACUUCGGGGCCGACUGUUGGAGAUCGACAUGGUGGAAACCAUCAAGAAGGACUGUUAGAGAUGAAUCUAGUGGAAACCACCGGGGCUGCAGAUGGUCAUAGCCCUGUGAAACGUGUUAGUCGUACUCUCGCCUUGUAAAUACGUUAUCAGGAAAUAAACUGCCUGGAAAAUG